AUGCCCGGUGGUGUAAGCACUGCCGCCGGAGGCGGCAUCGAUGCCUUGCGCGUCGAGGCUCCGGUCACCCUCAAGACUUACUUGAUGUGUGCAUUCGCUGCCUUUGGCGGUAUUUUCUUCGGAUAUGAUUCGGGAUACAUCAGCGGUGUUAUCGGCAUGGACUACUUUAUCUCGACCUUCGAGCAUCUGAGCAAAGAAAACACCCCUUCCGCCCUUUUCGUCAUUCCCUCGUGGAAGAAGUCCCUCAUCGUCUCCAUUCUCUCCGCCGGUACAUUCCUUGGCGCACUGAUUGCUGGUGAUCUCGCAGACUGGUAUGGCCGUCGGACAACCAUUAUCUCUGGCUGCGCUAUAUUUAUUGUCGGUGUGGUUCUCCAAACUGCCUCCAGCAGCUUAGGUCUUCUGGUCGCUGGUCGUCUCAUUGCUGGGUUUGGUGUUGGCUUUGUGUCGGCAAUCAUCAUUCUCUAUAUGUCUGAGAUUGCGCCCCGCAAAGUGCGUGGUACUAUCGUCUCGGGUUAUCAGUUUUGCGUCACUAUCGGCCUUAUGCUUGCAUCCUGUGUCGAUUAUGCUACUGAGGGGCGCAAUGAUUCCGGCUCGUACCGCAUUCCUAUUGCCCUUCAGCUCCUUUGGGCUAUCAUCCUUGCCAGUGGUCUCUUCUUCCUCCCUGAAUCCCCUCGUUUCUUUAUCCGCAAUGGCAACAAAGAGAAGGCCCGUGAGGUUCUGGCUCGCGUUCGCGGCCAACCUAUCGAUUCCGAGUACAUCACGCUCGAGUUGACUGAGAUUGACGCCAAUUUCCAGUACGAGCAGCAGGUUAUUCCUGAUGGAGGCUACUUUGCUAGCUGGAAGAACUGCUUCACUGGAAGUCUUUUUAAGGCCAACAGCAACAUUCGACGCACUAUCCUUGGUACUUCUCUACAAAUGAUGCAACAGUGGACUGGUGUUAAUUUCGUGUUCUACUUUGGAACUACCUUUUUCACGCAACUAGGAACGAUUUCGGACCCAUUUUUGAUUAGUAUGAUCACAACUAUUGUGAACGUGUGCUCAACGCCAAUUUCCUUCUACAUUAUUGAGAAAUUUGGUCGUCGCACUAUUCUUCUAUGGGGUGCGCUAGGCAUGGUCAUCUGUCAGUUCAUUGUUGCUAUCAUUGGUGUCACCGAUGGACAGAACAACCAUGCGGUCAGCGCUAUGAUUGCAUUCAUUUGUAUCUAUGUCUUCUUCUUCGCCAUCACCUGGGGUCCUGGUGCUUGGGUUGUGAUCGGCGAGAUCUUCCCUCUGCCCAUCCGUUCUCGUGGUGUUGCCCUGUCCACUGCUUCCAACUGGCUCUGGAACUGCAUAAUCGCCGUGAUCACCCCAUACUUGGUUGAUGGUGAUAAGGCUAACUUGGGCCCUAAGGUCUUCUUCCUCUGGGGUUCCCUGUGUGCCUGUUGCUUUGUGUACACCUACUUCUUGAUCCCUGAGACCAAGGGCCUGUCCCUAGAGCAGGUCGAUAAGAUGAUGGAAGAGACCAACCCCCGUACCUCGGCAGGAUGGAAGCCCCACUCCACCUUCGCCGACGAGAUGGGUCUCACGACUCAUAUCGACGAGAAAGCUGGCGUCGCUCCUGCAGUCUCUCAGGUGGAAGUCUAG